GAAAAUGCGAAAGCCUCAGUUUGUAGAAGAGCUGUUGCCAAAGAUUCCUAUGAAGUUUUACAUAACCUAGUGCAAUAUUUCCAAAUGGAGACGCGUGUGAGUCUACGUCUGAGUCUGUUACAAGUAUUUGGGGCCCUUUGUAGUCUGGAGGAUGUCAUUUUGUCCCACCUCCUGUAUUCAGUUUUACCUUUGGAGCUGGUCAGUGACCUCCGAAACAACUAUACAGAUGUGCGACGUCUUAACUAUGUGGCCCUGGUACUGACGAUGGUGACUUGUACAGGGGAGUCCUUUCCUGUCAGUUUAGAAGAUCAUGUAAAUACUGAGUUCAUAGACUUUGUGUUUAACCUACUGGAGGAGCCACCAACGACAGAACACGAAGACCAAGCCACAGACUCUCUGGUGAACCUGAUCCUGGCCCUGAACCUACACUACCACAAUCUCGCGGUUAAUACCAUCAUGUCUGUCAUACAGAAUAAGGCCUCGCUACAGACCUUCACAGAAAAAAUACUCAUACUCUUCAAUCGUAGAGAUGACCCAGUGAAGAUGUUUGACCACCAGGUGACCAGUGUCCACUCUGUAAUCAAGUUCUUAACCGAUCUGUUCAGUAGUACAGCUACAGCUAACCUCCUGUAUACAAACGAUGCCAAAGUACUGGUCGACAUCCUCAUACGACAGCUGACAGACUUACAGCCGGGCGACCAGGUGCGGUCAUCCAUGUUGACUUUAGUGGAGUUGGUGGUGACAAAUUCUGAGUAUAGAGACCAUAAGCACCGCCAGGGGGAGCUGCUGAAGUGUCUAGUCCACAUAGAGGCAGAGGAGGCGGACACAGACAUGGACAAGGGCGUGGCUAAACAAGUCAUUCAGUUGUUAGAGGACAUGUGAUUUGCUGAACUUGUUGUUUGUGAGGAGGUGGAACCUCGUCUGGGUGCAACAACAAACAUAUAAGGCCUCUUUUUCAUGGCAUAACAGGUCCUGUGAUUGUAAGAAUGUAAAGGUCCUGUGAUUGGUUGAACAUACAGGAUCUGUGAUUGGUGGAAUGUUUUGAUCCUAUGAGUAGUGGAUUAUACUUUAAAUCACUUAUUUUUUGAGUAAUUAAUUUUUCACGUUCAUUUGUGAGAACUCAUUUGUAAGCUUAAAUAUUCCACAAUUAUUAAUUCCAUGGAAAUUUAUCGUCAGUAUUGAAAUUGCUUCCUUUUUAUUUGCAAAUUCAAGUACUUGUAAAUAAAAGCUAAGGGCAUAGUUCAGGAAACAAAAGUACACACAAAAAAAGGUAAUUUAUAGAAAUAGCCAUCAGGAUGUAUGAAAUUUAACCAUCUAUCAUUGUCCACACUAGUUGGGAGUAUAAGUUACUUUGAUUGCACCCCAUAUUGCCUUUUGGAUUGAGACUUGGGACUUUGUCAAUGCCAUAGUAUCAGAAAGUUACUAGUGUAGGGAAAGCUGAUUUCUUUUCACCCUAAAUUACUGUUAUAAUGAAGAAAAUAUUGAUAGCAUUUUAACUAUAAACCAUCCUGAUGAUACAUUUCUCACCAUAAAGCACUAUAGUAAGUUUUAUUUUACAAGAUCAGUCUUUUAUACCUAAAUACUUCUGUCCCGAUACUUGUAUCCUUUUUCAAAAGUAUCACAUCUACAAAAUUACGAAUGUUAAAAAUAUCAGCAGAAAAGAAUUAGCUUUGAAAGGUUCAAAAAGGUACAUGUAGUUAUGGCAUCUGGUUUUGGCCAUAUCCAUAAUGUAUGCCGGGAAUUUUUUUCGCUGCAGUUUAUUUUUUGCCUUUUUCUUUUAGGCCCACAUUAUGAGGGUGAAUUUAUCAUUACAGCAAACAUUUGUGAACAAUAUGAUAUACAUAGUAAUUAAAUGUGAAGGGGAAUUUAAUAUUGGGUAAAAAUGGAUUUUACUGUUGAAGGGUGAAAAUUUGAUUGGGAUGAAAAUUUACCUAAGUGCUUUAUAAUGACAUAUUAAUGACAUAUGAUAAAAUGGUAAUGUGUUUAUAGAAAUAUGGAAAUAAUGGUCGUAUCUGACACUUAGAACUAUCUGAUUCUUUGGGGUUGAUGUACAUUUCUAUCUCAACUAGCUGGAGGCUAAACAAGGUAAUGCCAUGGCUCAGCAUUUAUCGUCUCUUUGGAUGACGUUAUCAUUUUGCUGUAAAUGUUUCAUUAGAAAGGAUUUCUAAGCAUUGGUGAACAUUAUUUGAUGUGACACAUCCCAAGUGGUAAACUAUUUCCAUUGGGUAUACCUUUUCUUUUUUAAUUUCAUACUGAAAAAGGUGAGCAAUAAUGUCUUCCUUAACCAUGGUGUUCUUAUAUAUGUUACUGCGAGUCAUCUGCUACUAUCAUUUCACCUACUAGUAUCAGCCUUUUCCAAUAAUCUCCUCCACAACAGGCUGGCAACAGGUGUGUAAACAGUUAAUGUUUAAUUAAUAUUAAGUCCAGCUGCUGCUUAGCCAUUUAAUUUAGUGAGUAGUGGAAAAUGUCAUUAAAAAUUCAUUUGAAUUUUAAAUUUAGAAAUUAGUGAAGAUCAGACGAUUUUAAUGCCAUUUCAUCACAAACAUUAUUUCUUGCUUGGUAUGCUCGAAAGUCAUUGUUGUUAGUCAAGAAAAUUAAUUAACCAAGCAAUAUCUGUCAUGGAUUGUCGACACAACCCAGGUCUUCAUCGUGUAAUUGUUCAUUAUGUAUGAUGUUAUUACUCAAGAGGUAUGAAGGAUGUAUUUAUAGGUGAUGCGAUUGAAUAGGGGCAUGACAAGUGUAUUUUAAGGUGUUGAUUAUUAGUCAGGGUUAUGACUGAUGUAGUUACAGGUUAUUUGAUUGGUUGAAGGUAUGACAAGUCUUGUUACAGAAUAUGUGAUUGGUUGGAGGUAUGAUAGGACUUGCUACAGGAGAUAUGAUUGGUUGCAGGUAGAAGAAGUCAUGUAACAGGAGAUGUGAUUGGUUAAGGUAUGACAAGUCUUGUUACAGGAGUUGUUUGAUUGGACGUAUGAUAGGUCUAGUUACAGGAGAUGUGAUUGGUUGGACGUAUGAUAUGUCUAGUUACAGGAGAUGUGAUUGGUUGAAAGUAUUAUGGUCUAGUUACAGGAGGUAUGAUUAAUCAAGGGUAUGACAGAUAGUUUCAAGAGAUAUUAUUGGUUUGCAGGUAUAUCACAUGUGACACACUUGUAAUAGUAUCAUAUUCCUAAUAAAUAUAAUAUUUCAACUUUCUAAAAAUCUAACACUUUUCCUUGCUAUCAACAUGUAAGAUAUUAGCAAGAUAUUUGGAAUUUAUAAUUAAGAAUCAAAUGGUAUAGAAAGUUUUUAAAGGGAGUUUUUACAAGUUCAGACUAGUAUUUAUAUAUCUUAUGUCGCUUUGUUUGUUAGUACCUGAUUCAUAAAGUAAUAUACAACUGUUUUAUCUUUUACAAAAUUGUAUCAUGUAUAAAUGAAUACCUUCAAUCCAAAGGUACAAUUAUAUGAAUUUUUACCGCUUUUUUUCUGUCAAAUUGACUUUAAAGAAAAGCAUUUGUUUCAGAAAUAAAAGUUUGUACAUGUACUAGAUAUUGAUUAUCUAUGAUAUAGGAAAGGAUUGUAAUCAAUGUUUUUUUUUAUUUCACUCCAGUAUGAUGUCAAUCAGACUGCAUAUACCGACCCGUCAGACUGUGUAUUUAUGUCAUAUUUCAGUCAGAUUGUGUAUUUAUGUCAUAUUUUACACCCAGGAUGAUAUAAUGGACUUUUAUGAUAACCCACAUGAUGCAUUUCCUUAGAUAUGUUUCAGAGAACAACAAUAACACCUAUAUCAAACUCUACAAAGAAAGAUAACUCUUCUAUUACAAGAAAAUAAAUCUUGGAUAGGAAUUUUUUAGUUUACAUAUAUUUCAGAAAUUCAAUUGGUAUGAAUUUAUUCUUUAUUUUAGUGUUAAGAGCAAUUAUCAAAUAAACACAAAAUAUUUAUACAGAGAAUUGUUUAUGUAUUCAUGGUAUCAUUCAGAACAAAAUAAAAAUUAAUUUCA